UGUUAAGUGUGUGUGUGUGUGUGAGAGAGAGAAAUGGCCGCGAGCACGACUAGUUUCGCAGUCCCAUCCUUCCAUCUCCGUAUUUGUACGGUUUGCCCCUGGCCCCCGCCGCGGCUUCCGUCGCCGCCUUCUCGCUAUCAGACCGGAAGAGGAGCAGCAGGAAGGUUGCGUCGCUGCUGCUUCCAGCCGGAGAAAGCGGAGAGGCGGUUCGAUCCGAAGAGAAAUGCUGUAGGUGGCGCUCGGAGAUCUCGAACGGUGGCAUUUCCUUCUCUCCUCUUCUCCACCUCCCGCUUCAAAAAGCUCUCUAAACAAGAUUUCUCUUCUCAUUGCUGCCCUAAGAAUUCCCCUCCUGAAUCACGUGAUACUCCACCACAAAGAGAUACUGGUAUUGCUAGUGAGAAGGAAUGGGGCAUCAACUUACUAGAUGAAAAGGUUAGUGAGUCUGGCCAAAAUGAAGAUGGGAGUACAUGGUAUCGGCAUAGUGGUGAAGAGCUAGGAGAAAAUGGAUUCAGGUGUCGUUGGGCUAAGAUGGGAGGUAAAUCACCGGAUGGAAAUUCAGUAUGGCAAGAAACGUGGUGGGAGAAGAGUGAUUGGACUGGAUAUAAAGAGCUUGGUGCAGAAAAAUCUGGAGAAAAUGACAAAGGAGAUUCUUGGUGGGAAACAUGGAAAGAAAUUCUUUAUCAAGAUGAGUGGAGUAAUCUAGCAAGGAUAGAAAGGAGCGCACAAAAGCAAGCAAAAUCAGGCAUAGAUGAUGCUGGAUGGUAUGAGAAAUGGUGGGAAAAGUAUGAUGCAAAAGGUUGGACAGAAAAAGGAGCUCAUAAAUAUGGAAGGUUAAAUGAGCAAUCCUGGUGGGAGAAGUGGGGAGAACAUUAUGAUGGGAGAGGAUUUGUGCUUAAAUGGACCGACAAAUGGGCAGAGACACAGAUGGGUACCAGAUGGGGCGAUAAGUGGGAAGACAAAUUUUUUGAAGGGAUAGGUUCUCGGCAAGGUGAAACAUGGCAUGUGUCUCCUGCUGGUGAACGUUGGUCAAGAACCUGGGGGGAAGAACAUUUUGGAAAUGGGAAAGUACACAAGUAUGGAAAAAGCACUGCAGGAGAAAGCUGGGACAUCAUUGUGGAUGAAGAAACCUAUUACGAGGCCAUGCCUCAUUAUGGAUGGGCAGAAGUUGUUGGUGAUUCUACCCAAUUGUUAUCAAUUCAACCUCGUCAGAAGCACCCAAGUGUACAUCCUAAUGUCGAAUUUGAUGCAUCUGAGGAAGAUACUUCUCCAGAUGAAAACCGGUCACAGUGACUAGGUUUUUGUCAGCACUCUUUUAGCUGAAGGAUUAUGCGGGUUGGUUUAUGAGGUCUCAUUCAUCUGUCCAUUAUUUCAUUAAUUAUUAUUGUAUGCGUUUGCAUUUGCUUGAUUCUUUUCUUUGAUCCUGUCAUUGUUAUUUCACUGAAACAAAUACUCUAAAUUUUGCCUGAUAAAGUAGGUUCAAGAUAGAAAAUGUUGCAAGACCAA